AUGACGGGUUUUAAGAUGAAAUUCAAGGACUUUCUAGAGCGCAAUGAGGCGAGGUCUGGAAAGUGUCUGUGGCACGCUGCAUGCAUUUACAGAUCGGUCCAGACAUCGCGGCAUCUUGCGAGCUACGACAUGUUCAGUGUGGGAGUCGCGGUUUGCUACAUCGUACUCUACAUGGACCUACGGUGUGCGGAGUCUCAGUCUUCGCAACCAUCAGCAGACACCAACUUUGGGCUAUCAUACACAGCGCGGCAGCGUAUCGUGCGGCUCGAUCAGCUCUCUAGCCGAGAGGACGUUGACAAUUGGGUAAAAGGUGGAAGAGAUGCUGAUGUCCACCUGACGAACGUGGGCAUCCUGCAAGGGCCGGAUUCUCUUGCGCGCCUCUUGCGAGCCACUGAGAGGGCCCUGUUGCGCCAAGUUGCUUGGAGUGCCUUUUUCAGAGCAUGGUCCAGAAAUAUGGCUCAACUCGUUCAUGGGGAGAAGCCUACAGUCCACACGGACGAUUAUAACGAAGCAGAAGAAAGGGUUUCCUAA